CGCCGCGCACAGCCGCGGCCUCCUUCCCCGCCGGGCCGCGCUCUGGAGCCGCCGGGCCGCGGCGGAGCGAGGGCCCGGGCUAGACGAGGGCCGGGCGGCGGGUGCCGCGCCCCGCGGCCGGCACGACGGAGCCCCCACACGGCCAGCGGCAGCGGUUGGCGGAGACCCCCGGCCCCCGGCGCGGGAAGCGGCGGCGGGGCGGCGGCGGCGACGGUGGCAGCGCUAUGGAGCCGCGGGAGGUGAAGGACCGGAUCCUGGAGAACAUCUCGCUGUCGGUGAAGAAGUUGCAGAGCUAUUUUGCUGCAUGUGAGGAUGAGACCCCUGCCAUCCGGAACCAUGACAAGGUCCUGCAACGUCUGUGUGAGCACCUGGACCACGCCCUGCUGUAUGGACUGCAGGACCUCUCCUCUGGCUACUGGGUGCUCGUGGUGCAUUUCACUCGAAGAGAGGCUAUCAGGCAGAUCGAGGUGCUGCAGCAUGUGGCCACCAACCUGGGGCGCAGCCGUGCCUGGCUGUAUCUGGCCCUCAACGAGAACUCCUUGGAGAGCUACCUGCGCUUGUUCCAGGAGAACCUGGGUCUGCUGCAUAAGUACUACGUCAAGAAUGCCCUGGUCUGCAGCCACGAUCACCUGACCCUCUUCCUGACGUUGGUGUCUGGACUGGAGUUCAUUCGUUUCGAGCUGGAUCUGGAUGCCCCUUACCUAGACCUGGCCCCCUACAUGCCCGACUACUACAAACCUCAGUACCUGCUGGACUUUGAAGACCGCCUUCCCAGCUCGGUCCACGGCUCAGACAGUCUGUCCCUCAACUCCUUCAACUCCGUCACCUCCACCAACCUGGAGUGGGAUGACAGUGCAAUUGCCCCAUCUAGCGAGGAUUAUGAUUUUGGAGAUGUGUUUCCAGCAGUGCCGUCUGUACCCAGCACAGACUGGGAAGAUGGAGAUCUCACAGACACCGUCAGCGGCCCCCGCUCCACAGCCUCCGACCUGACCAGCAGCAAGGCCUCCACCAGGAGCCCCACCCAGCGCCAGAACCCCUUCAACGAGGAGCCAGCAGAGACCGUGUCCUCCUCUGACACCACCCCCGUGCAUACCACCUCUCAGGAGAGGGAGGAGGCCCAGGCCCUGGACCCACCGGAUGCCUGCACAGAGCUCGAGGUCAUUAGGGUCACCAAGAAGAAGAAAAUUGGCAAGAAGAAGAAGAGCAGAUCAGAUGAGGAGGCGAGUCCACUCCACCCUGCCUGCAGCCAGAAGAAAUGUGCCAAGCAGGGGGACAGUGAUAGCCACUUCGGCAGCCCAGGCCUUGGGCGGAACUCACCAGACACAAUGCUUGCCUCCCCUCAAGAGGAGGGAGAGGGGCCCAGCAGCACCGCGGAGAGCAGCGAGCGCUCGGAGCCGGGCCUGCUGAUCCCCGAAAUGAAGGACACCUCCAUGGAGCGCCUGGGGCAGCCCCUGAGCAAGGUUAUCGACCAACUCAAUGGGCAGCUGGACCCCAGCACCUGGUGCUCCCGUGUUGAGCCUCCAGACCAGUCCUUUCGGACCGGCUCUCCCGGGGAUGCCCCGGAGAGGCCGCCACUUUGUGACUUUAGUGAGGGGCUUUCAGCCCCAAUGGACUUCUACCGCUUUACCGUCGAGAGUCCAAGCACUGUUACAUCAGGUGGCAGCCACCAUGACCCUGCAGGGCUUGGCCAACCGCUGCAUGUUCCUAGUAGCCCUGAGGUUGCUGGCCAAGAAGAAGAGGGAGGAGGAGGAGAGGGACAGGCGCCUCGGCCCCUAGAGGACACCACAGGGGAGGCUCAGGAGCUGGAGGCCCAGCUAUCCCUGGUCAGGGAAGGGCCUGUGUCUGAGCCAGAGCCUGGGACCCAGGAGGCUCUCUGCCAGCUCAAGCGAGAGCAGCCCAGCCCGUGUCUGAGCAGCGCUGAGGACUCUGGGGUGGAUGAGGGACAGGGGAGCCCCUCAGAGAUGCUUCACUCCUCAGAGUUCAGAGUAGACAACAAUCACCUGCUCCUGCUAAUGAUCCACGUGUUCAGAGAAAACGAAGAGCAGCUAUUCAAAAUGAUCCGGAUGAGCACCGGGCACAUGGAGGGCAACCUGCAGCUGCUUUAUGUGCUGCUCACGGACUGCUAUGUCUACCUGCUCCGGAAAGGGGCCACAGAGAAGCCAUAUCUGGUGGAAGAGGCCGUUUCUUACAAUGAACUUGACUAUGUGUCGGUCGGCCUGGACCAGCAGACGGUGAAGCUAGUGUGCACUAACCGCAGGAAGCAGUUUCUGCUGGACACAGCUGACGCAGCGCUGGCUGAGUUCUUUUUGGCUUCUUUGAAGUCAGCCAUGAUCAAAGGCUGUCGAGAACCACCCUACCCCAGCAUCCUGACGGAUGCCACCAUGGAGAAGCUGGCACUAGCCAAAUUUGUGGCCCAGGAAUCCAAGUGUGAAGCAUCUGCUGUCACUGUGCACUUCUAUGGGCUUGUGCACUGGGAGGACCCCACCGAUGAGUCCCUGGGCCCCACCCCCUGCCACUGCUCACCCCCUGAGGGCACCAUCACCAAAGAAGGCAUGCUGCACUACAAGGCGGGCACCUCCUACCUGGGCAAGGAACACUGGAAGACAUGCUUCGUGGUGCUCAGCAAUGGGAUCCUCUACCAGUACCCGGACCGCACUGACGUCAUCCCUCUGCUCUCGGUGAACAUGGGGGGGGAGCAGUGCGGUGGCUGCCGGAGAGCCAACACCACGGAUCGGCCCCACGCCUUCCAGGUCAUUCUCUCCGACCGGCCCUGCCUGGAGCUGAGUGCCGAGAGUGAGGCCGAGAUGGCUGAUUGGAUGCAGCACCUCUGCCAGGCCGUGUCCAAAGGGGUCAUCCCCCAGGGUGUAGCUCCCAGCCCCUGCAUCCCCUGCUGCCUGGUCGUCACGGAUGACUGCCUCUUCACGUGCCAUGAGGAUUGCCAGACCAGCUUCUUUCGCUCUUUGGGCACAGCCAAGCUGGGCGAUAUCAGCACUGUCUCCACUGAGCCGGGCAAGGAGUACUGUGUCUUGGAGUUCUCCCAGGACAACCAGCAGCUCCUCCCACCCUGGGUCAUCUACCUGAGCUGCACUUCUGAACUGGACCGAUUGCUGUCUGCACUGAACUCUGGGUGGAAAACCAUCUACCAGGUGGACCUCCCCCACGCAGCGAUCCAGGAGGCCUCCAACAAGAAGAAAUUCGAGGAUGCCUUGAGCCUCAUCCACAGCGCCUGGCAGCGGAGCGACAGCCUCUGCCGAGGCCGAGCCUCCCGGGACCCCUGGUGCUGAGUCAGAGCUGGUUGGCAUCACUGGUGGGCAGGAAAGGAAGGCGCGCCAACCAGCAGGCACACUGUCACGGCUGUCGCCAUGCUGUUGAAAGCCUGCAGCCCACCCCUGCCCCCGGUGGCAGCACCACCGAGUGUGGCUUAAGGCAGGGUCUCUCCACUCCAGGGAUCCAGAACAGGUCCCCAGCACCCCUGGGCAUCCUGCCCGACAGGUGGCAGAUGGAGGUCACUGGGGGCACAGGCCUCUGCAGAUGCAUGCCCUCCUCCGUCUGCAGAAUCCGAGGAGUGGCACUGAGAACAGCAUGGAUCUAAGGAAGAGCAAAAGAAACAGAAGAGCGGGAGCCCCCUCUUCCUCUCCUGGGUCAGGGGCCCAGGCAGAGGCUCAGGGCUGCCUGGGGGCCCUGAGUGCCCAGCCAUCCUUGUUCGUGUUUGAACACUCCCCUGGCCACGUGGGGAAGCAGGAACACGGGGUGUCUGCGCAUGCUUCCUCCUCCUAGCUCCAUCACCGCGCACAUAGCUGCCUGCCUCACCAGAUGCAGGGGCGGCGGGCCUCCCUGGCUGCCAGGAGGCCCUGCAUGCCCAUGGCCCUGCCCCGCCUCUCCCCUCAACCCGGCAGUGCCUGUAGCACCCAGGAGCAAAAUGGGUGGAUGGGGGGCUUGGAGAAGGGCAGAGCUACCAGCCUGGCAUCCAUGUACACAUCUUCUGACUGUCCCCUGCUUGGCUGGAGUCAGGCCCUUCCCUAGAGUUUUGUCAAGAGCCUCCUGGGGAAGGGGUCAGGUGGUUUGGGUUUUGUUUUUUAAAAUAAAAUCCACGUUAUAUUGCCAA